CGAACCAAACCGGUCCGGACCGAGUCACUAUAUAUACACACACACCUGUCCACACUGGUAUAUAGAUACAGUAACUUGUGUCUAUAGGUUCCGGACUUCCGGUGAUAGUUAAGUUUAAUUAGGGGAGAAAUUAGGGUUUAGGUUUACAUUGAAGUGACGCAGGUGAAGAUGACGCAAUUGAAGCCGAUAUUAUCGCAUCUCGACGCAAUUCCGUCGACGCCGGGGAAGUUCAAGCCGGAGAAGUCGUUCUCGUACUAUUACCGGCUCCGAUUGCACUCUAAGCUCACUCUGUGGUCGUUUAUCUUCGUGGUGGCGAUUGUUUUCUUGGUUUUGGUGUCGGCUCCGGCGCCGGCGCCGGAGGGGAAUCGCAGGAGUUUGCAGACGGCGGGGAAGUACGCCGGGUCGGGUUGGGAGAACCGUGUCCGGGUCUCGGCCCGGGGGAAAACGGGUCGGGUCGUGCUGGUGACCGGAGCGGCGGGGUUCGUGGGGGCCCACGUGUCGGCGGCGCUGAAGCGGAGAGGAGACGGUGUGGUGGGGUUGGAUAAUUUUAACAAAUAUUACGAGAUUACCCUUAAGGAAUCGAGGAAAUUACUUCUUGAGAAAGAUGGGGUUUUUGUGAUCAAAGGGGAUAUCAAUGAUGCUGGGUUGCUGAAGAAGCUUUUCGAAACGGUGUCGUUUACUCAUGUGAUGCAUUUGGCUGCUCAGGCCGGAGUACGGUACGCGAUGAAAAACCCUGCUUCUUAUAUUCAAAGUAAUGUUGCUGGUUUUGUUAAUUUGCUAGAAGCUUGUAAGUCAGCAAACCCUCAGCCUGCUGUAAUUUGGGCCUCUUCGAGUUCGGUCUACGGGCUGAACUCGAAGGUGCCCUUUUCGGAAAAGGAUAGGACUGAUCAACCUGCUAGUUUAUAUGCUGCAACUAAGAAAGCUGGUGAGGAAAUUGCUCAUAGUUAUAAUCAUAUUUACGGGUUGUCGUUGACGGGGUUAAGGUUUUUUACUGUUUACGGGCCUUGGGGGAGGCCGGAUAUGGCAUAUUUCUUUUUUACAAGGAAUAUACUUAAGGGUAAGUCGAUUAUGAUUUUUGAGGGUGUGGAUCAUGGGACGGUGGCGAGGGAUUUUACCUAUAUUGAUGAUGUGGUGAAGGGAUGUGUGGGUGCGUUGGAUACAGCGAAAAAGAGUACGGGGAGCGGGGGGAAGAAGAAAGGCGCGGCGCAGUUCAGGAUUUACAAUUUGGGGAAUACGUCGCCUGUGCCUGUUAGUAAGCUUGUGAGUAUAUUGGAGAAGCAUUUGAAGGUGAAGGCGAAGAAGAAGGUGGUGACUAUGCCUAGGAAUGGGGAUGUUCCAUUUACCCAUGCGAAUAUCAGUUUGGCUAGUAAGGAGCUGGGUUAUAAGCCUACAACGGAUUUGGAGGCUGGAUUGAAGAAGUUUGUUAAGUGGUACCUUAGUUACUAUGACUCUGAGAAGCAGCAUGCUAGCUGGUGAACGAGACUGAAGUGUGAUUGUGUAAUCGACUUAUCGAUGUUUUGCUUUGUUUGUGGAUGACUUAUGAUUAUACAUGCCUGCCUACCAAUUCAGUCUGAAGCUGUAUGAUUAGAGCACUGUUCAUUCGGGCAGUGUUUUCCGGUCUCAUCCUAGCUUAUGUGUUGUACAGUAUUUGGUAGGUCUGAACUUGUACUGAACAGCGGACUUGGUGUGCUCAUCCUGGCAUUAGCUUAAUAAGAAAACCCUAUGACUAUCGUGAGAUCUUUUAGAUGUUUAUGAUUUAGUUUACUUGUUUAUACUAGUGCUGAAUAUUUUGUCCUUUUAAUCACUGAUUUUAAUGUUUUCGUUGAA